AUGUUAUUGCACAUUCAAGGAAUUCGAUGCAUAGCGAUAGCAUUUGUUGUGUUGUAUCAUUUGCGGCCAGAUCUCAUCAAAAAUGGCUAUCUUGGUGUGGAUGUGUAAGUUACAUUUAUUAAUAAAAACAAUUUUUUAAAAUCUUACCCUACCCUACCCUACACUACCCUACCCUACCCUACCCUACCCUACCCUAACCUACUCUACCCUACCCUACCCUACCCUACCCUACCCUACCCUACCCUACCCUACCCUACCCUACCCUACCCUAACCUACCCUACCUUUGCCUAUACAAAUACCCUCGCCUGUAUCCAUGCCCAUUUCCACAUCCGUUGUUCAACCUCCUAAGCUUAAACAUUAUUUAAAUUUUUAGAUUUUUUGUAAUUUCCGGCUUCCUAAUGCAUAUGUUAAUGAAAGACCGUGAUCUCACUGUGUCAACCAUUUCAAACUUUUAUUUUCGCCGUUUACGACGAAUCCUACCGCUCUACGUUACUAUAUUACUAUCAACAGCAAUUAUAGCUUACUUUGCAUUUAACAUAUUCGUGUUUAAUAAUGUGUUAACUGAACUGAAGACUGCUGCUACAUUAACAUCGAAAAAAGCGCUACUGAAAUGA